GUUUAAAAAUAUUUUUUAUGAAUCUUCCUAACUAAAGUCCAGGACGAAUUUUGUGCACGCGACAACACAGCUGGACACCCUGAUACGACUGUAGGUGGCGGUUCCUGCGAUUUGUGUCGUCGUUCUCGGCGGAGAGCUGGCGCGCCGCCGCUACCGCCGCCGCCCCUCAUUCGGUCAUCGGGCCGACUCACAUAAUCGAUAGGAGUUGUGUUAGUGGUGGAGAGUUGGAAGUUGCGGGAGUAGCGGUGAUCGCGUUGUGAAUGGUUUCCCGACAUUGCAAACGGAGAAGAUGCAGCCUCCGCCGAGAAAGGGCAAUUAUGCGAAAUUUUUGAAAAACCUCCACUCGGAACAAAUCAACAAGCUGAUCUUGAAAAAUCAACACGAAUGUGACCUUCUUGAAGAUAUUAGAACAUUUAUAAUCAAAAGGUCUUCAAUAGAAAAAUCGUAUUCAGAGGCUUUACUAAAGAUAUCUUCUGCCUAUUUAAAUAAGAAAAUUCCGAAUAUUCCUGAUAUCAAAUUAGAUGGAGGAGAUGAAAGAUGGAAUAUGUGGAAUGUUUGGCGAACAGUAUUGGAAGAGAACGAGAAAUUGGCGAGAGCAAGACUGGCGGCCGUCGAAGUAUUUCAGCAGCAAAUUGCUGACGAUGCCAAAAUACUGAGGGCGCAUAAAAUACAAACAGCCAAAAAGUGCGUGGAUCAACUAGCACUUGUUCAAAAGGAAUUGCAGUUGUGUGUACAGGAUGUAGAUAAAACGAAAAAACUGUAUUUCGACGAAGAACAUGGAGCGCACGAAGUUAGAGAUAAGGCUAGAGAUAUAGAAGAAAAGCUCAAAAAGAAGAAAGGCUCAUUUUUCCAAUCGAUCACUUCCUUACAAAAGAACAGUGCGAAAGUGUCCACGAAACGGGACCAGUUGGAGGAGAAAUCGACAGGAGCCAGGAAUGAUUACCUUCUGUGCCUCGCCGCAGCCAACGCACAUCAAACCAGGUACUUCGUCGUAGAUCUGCAACUCUGCAUGACGACGAUGGAAAGUGGCGUCUACGACAAAGUAGCCGAAUACCUCUCGCUGAUGGGUCGAACCGAACUACUCACCUGCUCGGCCAUGCAGAACUCCUUCAGCACAAUCCGCGACCAGGCCAAACAGCUCACCAGAGACUACAACCUCCAAUGCUGCUACCUCUACUAUCCCGUGCUGAAGCAGCACAUCCACUACGAGUUCGAUCCGUGCGACAGCGAUCCCGUGGACCGCGUCACGGCCGAACACGAUUCGUCUUCGGCAACGUUGAGCAAAGAGGCUAGGCGAUGGGCCACGAAGAUCGCCAGAGAGAACAACACUAUUAAGGAGAGCAUCAGGAAGAUGCAGAUUUAUCAUGCCCUGAAAGAGUCUGGACAGAAGGUAGAUCCCAAUGACCAAAACGGACCUGACCUCGAUACGAAAAUCGAAGAAAUGAAGCAGAAUGUCAGGAGGGCAGAGACGGCUAAAGCGAAAGCAGAAGCAAGAAUAGAGUGUUUACGACUUGGAGGCGUGAACGUCGAGGAAUGGUUGCAGGAGGCUGAAACGCUGAACGUGCAGGACAUACAGCGAUCCACUAGUUCCUUAUCGGAAAACCCAAGUUCGGAAUCUUUCUAUGACAGCGACUUUGCGGAUGGAGAGCCGAGCGUCCCGCUCGAUGCUUCCCGAACGGAGGUGGUAAUAAAGGAGGAGGUGGAGCGAAGAGAGAGUCACCAUUCUGAUCACUACGAAAGCGCAGAAGUCGAUGUCAUGCUCGAACAGGAACGACAAAGAAUCGAACAGCUGACUGCAGGAUGGGACGAUCCCAUUCAGGUGGAUUGGGGUGCCGACGAAGGGGCCGAGGAAAGCGAACGAGCCAGACAGGAAGCCGUCCCUUCUGUGCCGCUGCUCAAGUGUACAGCCUUAUAUUCCUAUACGGCUCAAAACCCCGACGAACUGACAAUCGUAGAGAACGAACAACUAGAAGUGGUGGGCGAAGGUGACGGUGACGGCUGGCUGCGGGCUCGAAACUACAGAGGUGAGGAGGGAUACGUGCCCCAAAAUUACCUAGACAUAGAACGCGAACAAUCGGUGACCACCCCCGGCCUACAGACUCAAAUAUCCUUUUCUUCGGUCGAUUACACGGUAGAUAACGAAGAGGAGAGCGCCCAGCAACAGACUGAAACCACUCAAAGUCCUGAGCAGAUUUCUGUUAUCUCCAUUCCGCAAAAAACGCCCGAAGAUGGAAGUACUCCUUCGUAUUGUAUAGCGCUUUAUGAUUACGAAGGUGAAGGAGGCGAAGAACUGUCAUUCGAAGAAGGGCAAAUAAUAAAAAUACUGAGCAGGUGUGCGCACAGCAUAGACGACGGAUGGUGGCAGGGUGAACUAGACGGUCACAUCGGAAACUUUCCUUCUUUGGUGGUGGAAGAAUGCGACGAAUUCGGGGAACCGCUGGUCAACGAAUGGGACGAAACUCCUCCUCAAUCAGCGCCGCCUGUUUUUACUCCGCCCGACAUUCCGGAGUAUCUAGCAGACGCCGAAGAAGGUGAAGAAAUAGCAAUAUCGUCUCCGCCUCUUCAACCGCCACCGCCGGCGCCUCCCCUAGGAGCCGACGAUUUAGACGAAGAAGCGAUCAACGAGGACGCGAUCACGCAAGACGACGAACCCGAAGAGUACGAGGAAGAGGAGGAGACAGCAGCAACAGAAAGUGCGGGGACAAAAAACGGGCAAACGACGGCGACAUCGUCCCAGAAGGAUAGGGGUUUCGCGAUGUCGCUGUCUAGGGACCAACAAUUUCACUACGGAAGUCAAUUCGAUAGCACUGGCGCCGAUAUUGGCGUACCAACGAUCGACGUCCCCAGCGUCGAAAUCGUUGAUGAGGACUCACAAGAGGUAGACCAGGAAGAACACCAAGACAAUAGCGAUUUCGGCCUAUGCGCCGCCUCAAUCGUUAUAACAGCUGCCACUCCGAUGAUAGAAGAGGCCAGUCCAUUUCCGCCGCCCGAAGAAGAAGAAGAAGAAGCGACGGUCAACCACAAAGACGAAGCCGACGAACCAUCAUCGACCGUACCGGAUGAAGAUGAAACGAAACCGCCAUCGACUAGACAAGAAACGAUAGAGGAUUCGGAGGAGGUAUUCGAUGACCAUCAUGUUGACACACCCUUUGUGGUGAGUAGCAGUACAGGCAGUGACGGUGAAACUACGGGACCUAGUACAGCGGAAAACUCAGUGAGCCAGGCUCCGCCCCCUGUAGAUGCGGAACCCAAGCAAGUAGUCGGAGGCCGAGCGAGUAUUCCGGACGAACUAGAACCGCAUCAACUGGCCCGCCUUCAAGAUCUCAAAGAAUCCAACGCCUAGAUGAUUAUAUUUUUCAUUCAACGCCGUGUUUUUUGACGAAACAAAAAGUAUUUAUUCGUUUUUGAGAAAAGUGAUAGAUUUACAUGUGCUUCACACUAUUAUCAAAGACGCAAAUUAUUACAUUAACAAUGGUCGAGAAUAAUGAUUUGGAAUUGAAAAAAAUACUUGAAAUACGUCAUAUCGAUUAUUCAGUUUCUCUUAUUCAAAAAAGUAUAGUGAUGAUUGAUCUCUAUUCUAGUAUAAAACGCACCUAUAAGGUUAUGUCACCACAUCUAUCUAAAAUAUAAGAAUUGUUCAUCUACACGUCACAGAUUUUCCACUAAGAUCAUCUUUUUAUAAGAAAAAGAUAUUGAUGAAUGUAAAUAUAUACAGUAACUAAUGCUUAAAAUAGCAUUAUUUUCAUAAAACUAUUUAAAAAACUAGUUUCCUAAUUUUAUUACACAUAGAUACAUAAUUAAAAUUACUUUCUUAUAGAGUUUUUGAUUUGGACGAAAAGAUGUCCGAAGAUGCUGGUUAUAUUUAUGACGUAUUUAUUAUUUUUUUCUUCCCCUUUAAAUAGAUCAUGGAAGUGCAUAAGGCACGCAAAAUAUUUUUUUUAUUUUUUCAAAAAAAUGAUUUUUAUGACUUGUAAUUCUGAAAUGUAGAUUUUAUGAAUUAGAAAUCUAAAAAUCUAUUUUUCUUACUUGUAACUCAAAUUAAUAGAUUAUUCCUUUUUAGGUCAGAAAAAUGUCUUAAUAUAAAAGUGUACCCUUACCGUACCUUUACACCGAAGCGGUUAAAAAUAAUUUAAUAAGUUUAUCUGAAAAUAUCACAGACCGAAUGUUUGUACUGAAAAUAACAGUUGUGUUUUAACUGUACCUAAAGUUUACAAUGAGCCAAGUUGAGAUGCCCGAAGAUGCUGGAUAUA